AUGGCAGCCUCAGACGAGGCGGAAUUUCAGAUACCGUUUUACUAUCGCUGUGAACCGCCAGUACUAGACGCCCUGGAGACAGAGACAUCCACUGUACAAGACAAAACCGUCAAAGAAUGCAUGCCGCUUCUGAAUGAGGCGGAUGAUGCAAACCGAAGCCUCCUUGACUUCAACGAGUUCGGGCUGCCUCACUUGGAAAGAGAGAAACAUAUUGAGUUUCUCCAUGAGAACCUGGGUGAAUUUCCGGCACCCUUCGUCGGCAUCGACGCCAGUCGUCCUUGGAUGGUCUAUUGGGCAUUACUAGGUCUCUAUCUGCUCGGCGAAGAUAUCUCAGUGUUCAGGUCAAGGGUUGUGAAGACGGUUUAUUCCAUGCAGCAUCCCGACGGUGGCAUAGGAGGCGGCUUUGGACAAUAUGCACACUUGGCCGGGACCUAUGCGGCGCUGCUCAGUCUUGCGCUGGUCGGUGGAGAAGAAGCAUAUGGACUUAUUGAUCGUGAAAAGAUGUGGCACUGGCUUGGUCGUCUCAAGCAGGCAGAUGGAGGUUUCCAGGUGUCCGAGGGCGCUGAAGAAGACACUCGAGGAGCUCUUUGUGGCUUGCUCGCUAUCUCCUUGCUCAAUCUCCCUCUAUCGCUCCCGCCGGAUUCUCCAGCCCGAGCUGCGGGACUGGAGACGUUCAUGGAUGGACUCGGCGAGUAUCUCUCACGUUGCCAGACCUUUGAAGGCGGAAUUGCAGCAUCACCAGGAGGCGAGGCGCACGGUUCUUAUGCGUUUUGUGCCCUCGCGUGUUUGUGCCUGUACGGCCCGCCGGACAAAACCAUCAACAAGUUCUUAGAUGUCGACGCACUGAUAUGGUGGCUGUCGUCGCGGCAAUAUGCGCCGGAAGGUGGACUUGCUGGUCGAACAAACAAGCUGGUGGACGGCUGCUACAGCCAUUGGCUUGGAUCGAGCUGGCCACUGAUACAAGCAGCAGUAAGCGGGCCUCGCAAUUCGGCCGGAAGCAAAAGUCUUGGUGUGGGUGAGAAUCUUUACAGCAGCGAAGGUCUCGCAAGAUACAUUCUUUGCUGUUGCCAGGCUGAGGAGGGUGGGCUCCGAGACAAGCCAUCAAAGCGGCCUGAUUCUUACCAUACGUGUUACACUCUUUGUGGACUCAGCACAGUUGAGCAUUCCCACACUUACGCUCUCGCUGACGAAGACGACGACCCGUUUAGCUCAGCAUUCUCCUGGGAGGUGUCCAAAGCCCAAAUUCGCAGCGAGCAGAACGGUGACAAGCUCUUCGAUACUGGCGCCCGCGUAAACAAGAUCCACCCGGUCUAUACCAUCCCACACGACGCUGCCCUGGCCAUCAGGCAGUGGUUCUUAUCGAGACCUCUGAACGUCGAGGCUGUACGGCAAUUACCCCACAGACCGGGCCGUGAUGGAGGAUAG